AUGCUGCAGAAGCGGGAGAAGGUGCUGCUCCUGAGGACCUUCCAGGGCCGGACGCUGCGCAUCGUGCGGGAGCACUACCUGCGGCCCAGCGUGCCCUGCCACAGCCCGCUCUGCCCGCAGCCCGCCGCCUGCCGCAACGAUGGGAAACUCUUGUCUAGUGACGUGACUCAUUACAUGAUCCCAGAUUGGAAAGUUGUUCAAGAUUACCUGGAGAUCCUUGAGUUCCCAGAGUUGAAGGGAAUUAUUUUCAUGCAGACGGCUUGUCAAACCGUGCAGCAUCAAAGAGGUCGCAGACAGUACAACAAAUUGCGAAACCUCCUAAAGGAUGCACGUCAUGAUUGCAUUCUCUUUGCUAAUGAAUUCCAGCAGUACUGCUAUCUCCCUCGGGAAAGAGGAGAAUCCAUGGAAAAGUGGCAGACCAGGAGCAUAUACAAUGCAGCCGUUUGGUACUAUCACCAUUGCCAGGAUAGGAUGCCUAUCGUCAUGGUGACAGAAGAUGAAGAGGCAAUUCAGCAGUAUGGAAGUGAAACAGAAGGAGUGUUUGUGAUUUCUUUCAAGAAUUACCUGGACAACUUUUGGCCUGACUUAAAGGCCGCCCAUGAGCUUUGUGACUCCAUCCUUCAGUCUCGACGGGAGAGAGAGAAUGAGAGUCAGGAGAGCCACGGGAAGGAGUACGCAGAACAUCUUCCCCUGGAAGUGUUAGAAGCUGGCAUUAAAUCGGGACGCUACAUCCAGGGAAUCCUGAAUGUCAACAAACACAGGGCGCAGAUAGAAGCUUUCGUUCGACUUCAAGGAGCCAGCUGCAAAGAUUCAGGUUUAGUCAGUGACAUCCUCAUCCACGGGAUGAAGGCUCGAAACCGCUCCAUUCACGGCGACGUGGUAGUCGUGGAACUGCUCCCUAAAAAUGAAUGGAAGGGAAGAACCGCCGCCCUGUGUGAGAAUGACAGCGAUGACAAGGCCUCGGGAGACCCCCCGAGUGAGCCCAUGCCCACAGGCAGAGUGGUGGGCAUCCUUCAGAAGAACUGGCGGGAUUAUGUGGUGACAUUUCCAUCCAAAGAAGAGGUCCAGUCUCAGGGCAAAAAUGCUCAGAAAAUCCUCGUUACACCUUGGGAUUACAGAAUUCCCAAAAUCCGAAUUAGCACUCAGCAAGCAGAAGCCCUCCAGGACUUCAGGGUGGUUGUACGCAUCGAUUCCUGGGAAUCGACAUCCGUGUAUCCGAAUGGACAUUUUGUGCGCGUUUUAGGAAGAAUCGGGGACCUAGAAGGAGAAAUUGCAACCAUCUUGGUGGAAAACAGUAUUUCAGUUGUCCCUUUCUCCGAAGCUCAGAUGUGCGAGAUGCCAGUCAAUACUCCUGGAAACCCCUGGAAGGUGAGUCCUGAAGAGGAACGAGAACGUAAAGACUUGAGAGAAACCCAUCUGGUGUUCAGCAUUGACCCGAAAGGCUGCGAAGAUGUGGACGACACGCUCUCGGUCAGGACCUUAGCUAAUGGCAGCUUGGAGCUUGGGGUCCAUAUUGCAGACGUGACGCACUUCGUGCCGCCAAGUUCCUACAUCGACACCGAAGCUAGAACCAGGGCCACCACGUACUAUUUAGCAGACCGUCGCUAUGACAUGCUGCCCUCCAUCCUCAGCGCUGAUCUGUGCUCCCUCCUGGGAGGCGUUGAUAGGUAUGCUGUAAGUGUGAUCUGGGAGUUGGAUAGAACCUCCUAUGAAAUUAAGAACGUGUGGUUCGGCAGAACCAUCAUCCGAUCAGCCUACAAACUGUUUUAUGAAGCGGCCCAGGAACUGCUGGAUGGAAACGUCACCGUGGUUGAGGAUAUUCCAGAACUCAAAAACCUGGACACGAAGAGCAGACAAGCCAAGCUAGAGGAGCUAGUGUGGGCCCUUGGAAAGUUGACGGACAUAGCGCGUCACAUCCGAGCUAAGCGAGACCGUUGUGGUGCCCUGGAGCUGGAGGGGGUAGAGGUUCGUGUUCAGCUGGAUGAGAAAAAGAACAUCCAUGACCUCAUCCCCAAGCAGCCCCUGGAAGUCCAUGAGACCGUGGCUGAGUGCAUGAUCCUGGCCAACCACUGGGUAGCCCGGAAAAUCUGGGAAAGCUUCCCUCAUCAGGCCUUGCUGCGCCAACACCCUCCUCCACACCAGGAAUUUUUUUCUGAACUGCGAGAAUGUGCUAAAGCCAAAGGCUUCUUCAUAGAUACACGGUCCAAUAAAACACUGGCUGAUUCUCUGGAUAAUGCAAAUGACCCCAACGAUCCCAUUGUAAACAGGUUGCUGCGAUCCAUGGCCACACAGGCCAUGUCUAAUGCACUGUAUUUCUCCACGGGGUCAUGUGCGGAGGAAGAGUUCCAUCAUUAUGGCCUUGCAUUAGAUAAAUAUACCCACUUUACAUCUCCAAUAAGAAGAUAUUCAGAUAUCGUAGUACACCGAUUAUUAAUGGCAGCCAUUUCAAAAGAUAAGAAAAUGGAAAUUAAGGACAAUUUGUUAAGCAACAAAGAUCUUGAGGAAUUAUGCAGACAUAUCAACAACAGAAACCGAGCAGCACAGCAUUCUCAGAAGCAAUCUACUGAGCUCUUCCAGUGCAUGUAUUUUAAAGACAAAGACCCAGAGAAUGAGGAGCGUUGCAUAUCUGAUGGAGUUAUAUAUUCAAUUAGAACAAAUGGUGUGCUUGUAUUUAUACCAAGGUUUGGGAUUAAAGGUGCUGCUUAUCUCAGAAAUAAAGAUGGUUUAGUGAUCUCAUGUGGCUCAGAUAGCCGUUCGGAAUGGAAACCAGGAUCCCUUCAACGAUUUCAAAACAAAAUCACCUCUACCACAACAGGAGGGGAAUCUGUUACAUUCCAUUUGUUUGACCAUGUCACAGUGAGAAUAUCUGUACAGGCCUCUCGCUGCCAUUCAGAUACAAUCAGGCUUGAAAUAAUAAGCAACAAACCGUACAUGAUACCAGAUACAGAACUUUUUCAACAGAGCUCCCUCUUGUUAAAGAGUGAUUUAGUGAAAGAAGUAACUAGAUCUGUGGAGGAGGCUCAGCUUGCCCAAGAAGUCAAAGUAAACAUCAUUCAGGAAGAUUAUCAAAAAUACUGCCAAACCAAAGGAAGAAGCCUGUACACACUCCUGGAGGAGAUAAGGGACCUAGCUCUCCUGGAUGUUUCUAACAGUUAUGUAAUGUGAAAUACUCUUUUUACUUCAUUAAAAGAGCUGUUUUGUGAAUGCUUUACCUUCUUUUUAACAUUAAUAUCUAAUGUUCCGUGUCACCUAAUGUUCUAGUCCAUUGGGAUUCGGUAGAUAGUUCACCAGUGCGCAAAAUGUUUUCUCAUCAUUAAAGCUGCAUUGAGGUGCAGUUAGGUCCCUUUGGAAACUGAUUUUUCAGAAAUGGAUAGAUCAUGAAUGGUGACUCUGCAAGUCACACUGCCAGUCUCCUUUUAAUAAAUCCAGAAUUGAUUUUUGAUUA